AUGAAUCCUCCAGUAUUUUUAGAAGGAGUUGAUACUGCAGCCGCCAAGAGCUGGAUGCAGGAGAUAGAGAAAGUUUUGGCGGUGUUGCAGUGUACGGAGAGACAAAGGGUUCUUUUCGCCACGUAUAAACUGACAAGGGAAGCUGAGAGGUGGUGGACUGCAAUGAAACUUAUGGAGAAGCAGAUGACGAUGCCAAUAUAUACGGCGCGGUUUAUAGAGCAUUCUCGCUUCACUUCGUGUGUUAUUCUUGAUGAAGUAAAGAAGGUGAGACAAUUUGAAAGAGGAUUAAGGCGAGGUAUAUACAAACAGGUGGUGGUGCUAAAGAUACAAGACUUUGCUGAGUUAGUUGAUAGAGCAGCCUUGGCCGAGGCUAAUGAACGCAUGGAUGCAGAGGAGCAGGGACGGAAUAAGAGAUCUAUGCCUUCAGGCAUCCAGCAGGGAGCUAGGUAG